AUGGCGGGCAGCAACUCAGACCUCCCGCACAUCUGCGUCCUCGGCUCGCUCAACAUAGACCUCGUGUCGUAUGUCCCCCACCAUCCUGCCCCGGGUGAGACGCUCACUGCCAACUCGUUCCACGUGUCCCCAGGCGGCAAGGGAGCCAACCAGGCAGUAGCAUGCGCCAAGCUCUCGCGGCCGCGGCCCGAGGGCGGCAGGCACGCAGACGACACGCAGGCGGCGGCGCGGGUGUCGAUGGUCGGGUCCGUGGGCGCCGACACGUACGGCGAGAUGCUCCUGGACAGCCUGCGGUCGCACGGGGUCGGCGUGGGCGGGGUGACGGCGCCGCGGGACCUCAAGACGGGCAUCGCCAUCAUCAUCGUCGACGAGCCGACGGGCCAGAACCGCAUCGUGCUCAGCGCCGAGGCCAACCACCAGGGCAUGGCGCCCGCGGACUUUGAGGCCUCGAUCGCGCCCCGCGCCGGCACGCCGGACCUGCUCGUCAUGCAGCUCGAGGUCCCGCUGCGGACGGUGCUGCUGGCGCUGGCGCGCGCGCGGGGGCAGGGCGUCCCCGUGCUGCUGAACCCGGCGCCCGCCGUCGAGCUCCCCGCCGAGGCGUACGCCGGCCUCGCGCACCUGGUCGUCAACGAGACGGAGGCGUCCAUCCUCUCCGGGCUGCCGGCGGAGAGGCUCGACACGGCGGCCGGGUGUGCCGAGGCCGCGGCGUGGUUCCUGGGCAAGGGGGUGCAGACGACCAUCAUCACGCUCGGCGGGCGCGGCGUCUACUACAAGUCCGCGGCGGCCGAGGGCCUGCUCCCCGCCGAGAAGGUGCGCGAGGUCGUCGACACCACCGCCGCGGGGGACACGUUCGUGGGGCAGUACGCGCUCGAGGUGGUGGGCUCCAGGGGCGGCGCGUUCGACCUCGAGGCUGCUGUGCGCAAGGCCAACAAGGCCGGUGCCAUCACGGUGCAGAGGAAGGGCGCGGCUGCUAGUAUCCCGUGGAGGGAUGAGGUGGUAUGA